UGGGGAGGGGUUCACGUCGGACAGCCAAAACCAGCUCCUGCUGCUUUGUGCCAAAUGGAGGGUCCUUAGCUUUCUCUCUCCUCUUUCUCUCUCUCUCUCUCUCUCUCUCUCUCUCUAAGCUCGGAGCACACUCCUCCUCCUCCUCCUCUGCUGCACUAACCCGACGCACCUCUCAAUCAGCCCUUUCUCCUCCUUCCCAAGAUUCUUCCCCCAGAACCUCGUCAGGUUUCUUUGGCGCUCCAGCUAGUGAGACGAUAAAUAGAAAUCAAAAACUUUGAUGUCCCCACCUCUUCUUAGUGUUGGGGAGGAGGAGUGUGAGAGCAAUGUCACUUUGCUGGCUUCUCCGUCCUCCUUGGGAAGUGUAUGCCAGAACGCUGAGUUGAAAGAGCGUAACUACAUGGGCAUGGGCGAUCAUCCUUCAGCGGACGGUUCCGUCAUCCCCAAUGCCUUUGAUGGUUGCAAGAUCACCCUUAACCUGAGGGCUACUGAGUUGAGGCUCGGACUUCCUGGAUCCCAGUCUCCAGAAAGAGAUGCAGACUUUUGCACCAUAAGCUCAGCGAAGCUCGAUGAAAAGCCGUUCUUUCCUUUACACCCUUCAAAUGAUGGUCACUACUCUUCGCAGAAAAUUGUUGUCUCAGGCAAUAAGAGAGGCUUUGCUGAUGCUAUGGGUGGUGAUUCAGAGGCAAAGUUCAUGGCAAAUCCAGAGGUGAAUGUCGUGCUGUCGCCCAGGCCAUCUCCCAAUUUAGGACUGAAAAAUGGUUCUGGCCUUGAAAGCUUUGGAUCUAGACCUGCCAAAGUCAAAGAGAUACCAACCGCACAGGUUGCACCAGAAAAGCCCUAUUCUACCAAGGAAACCCAACCUAACAAUGGUUCCAGAAGUAAUAAUGCCGGCUCACCUGCUCCUAAGGCACAAGUUGUAGGGUGGCCACCUAUAAGAUCAUUCAGGAAGAAUUCCCUAGCUACCACUUCGAAGAAUGCUGAAGAAGUCGAUGGAAAACUAGGAUCUGGUGCUUUGUUCAUCAAAGUCAGCAUGGAUGGUGCUCCAUAUCUGAGGAAAGUUGACUUGAAACAUUACAGUGCAUACCAGGAGCUGUCUUCUGCCCUUGAAAAGAUGUUCAGUUGUUUCACCAUAGGUGCUCUGGGCCGGGAGAUGCUAAGUGAGAGCAAGCUGAAAGAUCUUUUAGAUGGAGCAGAGUAUGUUCUGACUUAUGAGGAUAAAGAUGGUGACUGGAUGCUUGUGGGUGAUGUUCCUUGGGAGAUGUUUUUGGACACAUGCAAGAGACUUCGGAUCAUGAAGAGUUGCGAUGCCAUUGGACUAGCACCCAGGGCAGUGGAGAAGUCCAAGAACAAGAACUAGCUAACAUCACUCGCGAUGAAAGAUAUCAGGUGGCCCGUGGGGUGGAAGUCAGCUCAGGAUGAAAAGUCACUUGAACCAGAAAAAGAGUGGAAGUUGACAAGACAGACGACAUCAGAUCAGCUAAGGACCGUGUAUGGCUAAUCUACUCUGUUGCUAUGUAAUUCCUUUCACUUGUGAGGGACUCAAAUGUCCUUGAACCACGUUUCUACUAUAGUUUAUGCAAAAAAAAAAAAAAAAAAAACCUGUCAAGACCUGUGUUUAAGACUUUUUUAGUACCUGAAUUUCGAAAAUUAUGUAAACCUGCCUGUUCUUAAUGUCUAAAAGUGUGUUCUACUC